AUAACGCGAUGAAAUUUUCACGCGAACCAGUCGCGGCUUAUUUUUGUCGACUCCGAGCUGCGGGACGCGUACGGUGCACCGUUUGCUCGGUUGUGCAACACGUGUGUACGCAACAUAAUACGGAUAUAAUUGUUUGACGGUGUUGUAUAAUACGGCUUCCAGCGCGAAUCCAGUCGCGGCUGAAACGUCGCCGGGAGCAUCACGGUUCGCGGAGCGUCGCUCGGCCGUUUUUCAUCCGGUUCGCGAGUCACGCUUUUGUCGAUCUUUGCGCGAGCCGCUCCGGCGAUCAACCUUGAAACGGUAACGCGGUUUCGUUCGCGGUUCGCGACGCGCUGCGAUCGACGCAACGACGGGCCGUUUCCACGGUUAGUCCGCGUACGUUCGAUCGAUCGUCCGAUCGUCCGUUCGUUCCGGAUCGCCUUUCCGUCGCGCGCGAACGUCGGGACGAGCAGCGAGUCCGUCGAGUCGUCGAACGCCGCGCGAGAACCUCGUUGGAAGCUCGUUGGAAGCUCGCGAGAGACGGUGGAUCGGCGUGGGCGUGGAUCUAGUCGGCGGACGAGUCGCCGACGUCGUUGCGACGGCGCACGGACGGCGCACGAACAGCUGGCCCAACGCGGACCGUGACCAGCCGAACGUGGAAACCCGAUAAAUCGCGAGAGCAGCGCGCAAACGUUCACCGACAGCCACAGGUGCAUCGCGGGACCGAGAGUCUAGAGACUAUUUCGAAGCCGUUCGUUCCUCCGUUUCGCGAAUAGUGCUCGGACUCUGAUCGAUUCACUCGUCCGUAGCCCGAUCAACGCUCGCUUCUGAACGCGCUGCGGGCACGUCCCACCUCUCGCGGCAGAUUCCGAGCGGAACGCGGCACGCGUGCCGCGAAUGUUCGCCGGUGCGAUGCGGUGAGCGGAAAAACGGAACAACGGGAAAUCGGGAAAACGGAACGAUGGAGGAAGUGAGGCACGCGUGGGCUUCUUUGAAAUCGGUGAGGAAACUGUCGCCGUCGUACGCCAGCAGCGACAAUUCGACGACGGUCUGGUACGAUGCCCCGGCGCCGGUGAUAGUGCACUGUCGCGAGUUCUCCGACGAAGCCGACGUCGAGAACCGUGAACGGAUCGACCAAGGGACCGCGUUGCCCGCUACGGCCGACGGACAGGAGAUUUCGACCGGUCCCUCGAGAGAUCGGGACGAUGACGCCUCGCGGGCCAGCGAGCAGUGGGAGGUACGGCACAGGAAUACCGUCGAAUUAACCGCGGUCGCCUCCGUGAAGACCGACGAGGACGGGCUGCCGACCAUCAGCUUCAGCUUCUUGCACGCCAACGAGAAACUCGGAACGAAACGCUCCGACGCGGAGACGGACUCGUCGUUCUACGACUUGCCGAGGAAUUCGCACGUUCGCGACGAAACCGAGGUCGAAAUCGAAACCGAAACCGAGACCGAAACCGAAACCGAAAUCGUGAAAGUCGUAGAAAGUCGAGGCGAGACAGAGGCGACGCGCGACACUAAUGAAAUUCGUGCCACGAUGGAAACGGAAUUCGACGGAGGAUCGGCGAAAGGGCCGACGGCUCUCGACGACGCCGUCGAUCGAUCGGUCGCGUCGGAGAAAUCCGAGGAUCGGAACGAUCCCGCGAAACUGUCGCGCGGAUCCUUGAAAUCCGGACGAAAGAGCUACGGGGUAGCGACGGACAACGACGAAUCCGCCGAAUACGAGGAAUACGACGCCGGAAUCGCCUCGAUGUCCGGCUCUUACUCGGAUCCCGAAUGUUCCAACGACGUUCUUUCCACCGCGUCUCGCCGACUCGAACGUUCCAAGUUGCAGAGACAUCGGUUGGGGAAAGCGUGGAGCAAAAUGAAGAGUUGGCUGCGCGACGAGACCACGAGGAUCAACGAGGUGGUGAACAAGCACGCGAGAUUGCAGGCCGUCGGUGCGCUCGCGGCGACGACGGAGUCCGGGGAGCGAGCGUCCUACGACCUGACCAGCGCGACCACCAGGGAAACCGGCUCGAUCACCAGGGUCGAGGAGUUCGGCCUGGCCUCCGUGGCCGAGGAGGCCGCGACUCCCGACCCGGAGACCGGAUCCGACGCGAGAAAACCGAGGAAAUCCUGGAGACCGAGGAGACCGAGGAGACAGAGAAAACCGGCGGUCGGCUCGGACGAUCCGCUCGACGACGACGAGACGCUCGCGCCGGUCUCCCUCGCCGCGUACAGGUUCUGCUCCGACACGGAGAACGACGAGGCGGACGAGACCAGGGAUCGCGCUCGAAAAGUUGGCCCGAUUAAGAGGAGAAUGCUGGGGUCAAUCAGGGGGUUAAUGGCCUCCACUCAUCUGCUUCACGUUCACGAGACCGAAGAGGGAGGACAAGGCGGCUUCGAGGACGUCCGAAGGUACGUCAAGCAGGGCGGUGAUUUCUGCAAGGAGCUAGCGGCGAUACUCCACGAAAGAGCGGAGUUGGAAGCAACCUACGCCAAAGGGCUCUCCAAGCUGAGCAGCAAGUUGACGAAAGCGUGCGCGAAAGAUCAAGGUGGAAACAGCAGCGGAGGUGUCAACGAGGCAUGGAGAUGCGUCGGCGAGGAAAUGGAGGCUGCCGCGGAAGCUCACAGGGUAUGGAGCAUCACGCUCGGCGAGCAGCUCGCCAAACCGAUCCGAGUAGGAGUGGCGGAGGCUCAAGGACGCUCGAGGAAGUCCAUCGAGAAUUCCGUGGACAAGGCUGGAAAAUCGCUGCACGAAUGGCGCAACAUCGCCGCGAAAAGUAAAAAGCAGAGUUUCGCUUGCGCGCGAGAAAACGAGAGGUUGCAGGACCUCGCGAGGCUGCAAUCGAUCAGCCAGAGCCAGCAGAGCAACAACAACAAGUCGAGCCAUCAUCAUCAUCAUCACAUGACGGAGAAAGAAGCGAGCAAGCUCGAGGCGAGGAGGAGAAAGGCCGAGGACUCGUCCCGUAGGGCAGACACGGAGUUUUACACGGUGAGCGUGAGAGCCGAGAGAGCCAGGCUCGAGUACGAAAGCACGGUGAGAAAGGGAGUGAAGCAGCUCGAGCUUCUCGAGGAAGAGCGCUCGAGCGCGCUCAAGGACCUCGCGAACGUUUACUUGGCGCACCUGCAAGCGCUCGCUCCUCGGCUACAGCAGAGCGCCGACCGCCUGGCGGCAUCUGCGCGUAACUGCAACAUAUCUCACGACAUCGAGACUCUGAAGAAUCUGAUACGUCGAGUCGAGAGCAACGACGCGUGCAAUUCCGAGCAACUGCUGCCGGACUUUUACGCCGAGCACGUUACUCUCGCGAUGAACAGGGAGCGUCGGAAGCAGGCGUUGGUCAGGGUUCUCCAUCUGAUCAGGCAAGACUUGGAACGAGAGAGACGCGGAAGGGAGGGUCUGGAAACGCUUCACAGAGCUUUCGUCGCGACGCCCGCGUUCGCCGCGGACGAGAGCACGCAAAACGUUACGGAGAAACUGCACCACAUGCGCUCCAUGCUGUUGUACUUGGAGGCAGCGAGGUAUAAGGUCGGAGGAACGCUGGCCGAAGUCGAAGGCAGCAAGCGGGGCAAGCAUCCCUUGGCGGAAUACAUUCUAGUGUCGAGGGACAAGCAGGGAUUGCAGCAAAGCGUCCUUAAGGUUCCUUCUUGGGCAAAGAACGAAUCGUUUGAGUUUCAAGACGACCAGCACGACCAGCACGACCAACACGACCAACGCGAGCAACACGAGAUAGACGUUCGCCUCGCGAAGGAUCACGAAGCCGAGAGUCGCGACUGGGCCGAUCGAACGGCCGGCGACGGCAACUCCGAGAAUCCACCCGACGAAGACGACUUUAGCGACUUCGACGAGUUCAGCAGCAAUUCCGAGGACAACAACAAUCAAGAGGACGUUGCCGAGACUACCGGGAAACCCAACGACACCGAGCAGUGCAGGGCAAUAUAUCAGUAUUCGGCGAAUCUGAACGACGAGCUCAGCUUGAGCCCCGGCGAUCUGAUAACGGUGCAUCAGAAGCAACCGGACGGCUGGUGGAUAGGGGAAUGUAGAGGACGCACUGGAAUAUUUCCAGCCACUUACGUACAAGUUAUUCAUUGAUCGGGGAUCGCGAUUUUUCGGAAACGAUUUCGAGAGCGGAUUUCCAGCGAAUUCUCGAAUCUCCGAUUUCGACGAAAUACGCUCUCACGAACGAAUAAGGUCAGCUCGAUCGAGAAUCUACCAAAGCACACUCCAAUGUCGAGUCCGACGCGUUUCGUCGAACGUCGAUCUUGACUGGUUAGAAUAACGCUUUUCACUUUACUUUUAUUCCUCGUCGAACCGUCGCGUCACCUUCAAUUCCUCGGUUCUUCGAUCGACCGAAAAAUCGACCGCUGCGGAAAUACGCGUCUUUAUAGAUAUCUAAUCAAAGUGCCAACGAGAAGCAUGCCCAACGACCAUGCCGAACGCACAGCCGGACCGUCCGAAGAUAACUUUAAUAUACAUUUAGUGUACCUAUACAUACAUAUGUAUUCGAUGCGACAGUGAAUUCAUGAAAUAAUUUAGUCUAAUCUAGUAAUCUAGUAAUUUAGUAAUUUAGUAAUUUAGUAAGGCUUUUAAUUUAUCAUUCGUUUAUAGUAUUAAUAGGACCUAGGGAAUCGCGAUAACGAUACAGCGCCACUUUUACGUUCGAGUAUACAGUUGGUUCGAGUCACUAUGCUAUAAUACACUUACAUACAUACGAGACGUAAUAUCACGUACGUGUAUAGAAUUAGCGUGUCGUUAGCAUACGCGUCUAUAGAUAUAUUACCGUCACGUGUAAAUACGCAAACCGUUUUAGUAACCGAAUCUACAUUGUAAAUACCGUUCGGCGGUAAUUUAUCGUCCAAGCGUAGCACCUAUGCAACGACCGUACAAUGUAAAAAGCAUUUAUUUAUAAACGAAUAAUACACGUACUGUGUUCUUUUAACG